AUGGAAGCAAACUAAUAACACAAACUAGAUUUGAAUUUCACAGUUGAACUUGUGCUUUAAUUCCUAAAGGAGAACAAUUUAUAGAAAAGCUUUCAAACAUUAUCAGAUGAGACUAAUGUAAAUUUUAAUCAGAUAGCAAAUAAAGAAGAUUUCCUUUAAAAUAUUAAAAAAGGAUUCUGGCAUUAAGUUCUUAAGCAGAUUUAAUACAUAAGUAUCGAUAAAAUUGUGCUAGUUAGGCUUUAUGAGCAUAUAAUCAAAGAACUUCUUAUUUAAAAGGAAUAUGAAAUGGCUCAGUAUUUAAUACAAGAACAGACAGCGUCUCUACUUCAAGAAUAUCCAGACAUAUUAUAGAAUUUGUGGGAUAUAACCUAGAUUAAAGAACCUCCUCAUACAUUUAUGUCCUUAUUCGGGAAAAAAUAUGAGAGUUUUGAGCAAUGUAGAGAGGAUUUGACUUCACUCUUUGACAAAGUUCUUGAAAAUGAAAAUAAUAAGCAUAGCAGGCUUCUCUAAUUGAUUGCUUAAGGACUAGAAUAUGAGAAAAAACCUCAUCUUCAAUAGUAAUACUUGCAAAAUUAAAAAAAUGGGAAUUAAGUUAGCUAAAUUAUUAAAGAGUAGUCAAUGCCAAUAGCUCAAAAAAUUGUAAGCUACAAGGUAUUUCAAGGAGAUUUUUAAGUUUAGACUCUCACAAUUAGCCAUGAUUCAAAAUAUUUAGUACUUGGAGGAUAAGAUGGUUUGAUAGAAGUUUGGAACUUCAAAUCGAUGUCACUUGAAAUUGAUUUGAGUUUUUAGGCCUAGGAUCUCUUUAUGCUUCAUAGAAAAGCAGUGCUAUCUCUUUUGUUUUCAAAGGAUGACAAGAUUCUUGCUUCAGGUGAUCAAGAGGGAAUCAUUAAAAUUUGGAAAUUCAUUGAUGGAAAAAAACUAAGGGAGAUAGAUACUCAAGGAGGAGAAAAUGCUGGGAUUGGGACACUUUGUCUUACAAGUAAUAAUUCACAAAUUAUAGCAGGUUGCUUGGAUAGAAGCAUCAAAAUAUAUGGUCUAAAGUCUGGAAAUUUACUGAGAGAUAUCAAGGGACUUUAAUCCUUUAUUCUUUCUACUUUCUUAAUCCCUAGCAAAGAAAAUCUUCUUUUAACUGGCACUGAAGAUGGUUAGAUUAUACUAUGGAAUACGUCAGAGCAAGAUUAAAAAGCCUAAAAAGUAAAAGUUAUCAAUACUCCUAAUGUCAGAUUGCAAAAAGACUUAGUUCUCAAUAACUUUUAGAUUAGUCUUAAAAACUCAACCGAAAUUCUUGUUUGCUAUCGGUUCAAGAGUGCAUACCUGAUUAAUUAUGAAACUGGAAACACUAUAUAAGAGUAUUCUUCUAAUUAAUCUAAAGAUGAAGAGAUGUUAUAUGCGUAGUUUUCUGGAGAUGGUCUUCAUGUUUAUGCCUACUCAUCUAGCAAAAAUCUUUAUGUUUUCGACACUUAUUCAGGAAAGCUCUAAUCACUCAUUCUAGUCCCUAAUGAAAAAAUAGAUAUAAAUGGACUACAGAUUGCAACGGAUUAUAAAGAUUUAAUCGAAUCAGCUGUAAUAUACUCUUUAAAUAGCUUAUUCAAAUUGAGCUAAACUUAAGGUGAAUUUCCUUUUAAUGCCAAAAAUGAAAUCGGUAGAACUCUUUAUAAACCCUAAAAGCUAAGUGAUACUAGAGAUGAUUAUUUUCCUUGGGGAGGAAGAUAGGGUGGAGGUGGAGAUCCAUUUAGGGAUCAAGAUGGAAACAUAAUAACAAAUAAAAAAAUAGCAUUAGCCAGAAAUGAAAGUAAUAUGCAAAAUAAAAAUUACAUAACUCCUUAUAAGGACCCUUAAAUCAGUGCUCCAAAAACCCAAAUGAGUCACAAAUCUCCUUACGGCAAAUAAUCUUUAUUGAUGGAAUAUAAAAACUACUCUCCCGAGAAGUUUGUUCCAAGAGUUUAUGAUGAAAAGGUACUCGUGCAUAAUCCAGCCAAUUUAAUGAUGUUCUAAAAAGCACACUCAGCUACUUUAUUUGACUAUGAUGCAUUUGGUAUUAAAAUUAUGCCCUAAGAUGAUAGAUUUAGUUAGUCAUUUACUGAAAGGAAUACAUUAGUCAAUGCUGGUUCCUAGAUAAUGAAUUAAAGCAUUAGUCAAGGGAAAUACGAACAUUUUGAUAGAUUUGUGCAAGAGAGAUAAUAAUAAAGUCAGAAAAAAAUUGAAUCAUUAAAACCUAUAGUGACUAAUUCAACAAUGUUCCCAGUUAAUAACACUAGAAUUUAACAUUAUGAAAUGUAAAAGAUUCAAUUACCUUAGGAUUAAACCUCUAAGCUUGAUCAUGAGGUUGAUAUAUCUAUUAAAAAUUUGCAAGAGAUUGAGAAGCUUAAUAAAUAAACAGAGGAAGAUGUGAUGGUUUACUAAUUUAUGACUUAAAAAAGGGAAAAUGUUGAAAAGCUUUUGAAAGAUCUAGAAUUUAAUCAAUAGUUUCCAGAACUUAAAACUAAAAUUGAAUUGGAAUAAAAAUUACUUAUUGCAAAUAAUAGUCUUAAAGGUGAGCUAAAGACAUCUCUAUAUAAAAUAUAACCAGGAAAAGAUAUAGUAUAUGAAUUAAUAGAGCAGUCUGUCUUUCAUGAUGAAAUUGAUAAAAUAAGAAGAGACUUAAACGAGUAUAGCUAUAGAUCAAAAGACCCAUCUUACCUUUUUAAAGAACAUAAUUCUAUAGUUUUUAAUCUUCAAUCCCCAGUUCCUAAUGAUAAAACUGGACUUAAAUAGGAAAAUUAAUAAACUAAAAAAAUUGAAAUAUUAAAAUCUGAUGAUUAUGUAGAUUAAUAGAAUGUUGAAAGCAGUCAUCCAUAAACUAAAUAGACUUUAUAACAAGAAUAUAAUCUAAUUUAGGAUCUAUUGAGUUAGCAAUAAUAAGAAGCUAAUUUAGAAAAAUCUUAUAAAAAAUAUGAGUUACCAUAAGUAGAAGAAGAAGAGAUUAAGUAAGUAUACCACACAGAGGAUAACUUGUUAACAAACAACAAUAAUUUUGAAGAAAUUAAUCUCACGGAGGGUUAAGAAAAUGAAGUUAUGUUGACUUAUUAGAGCUAGCAAGAUUUAGGUUUAACCUAAAAGAAUGAAGAGACAGAAAUCAUUCCAAAAUUUAGAGAAAGCUAGUAGCUAAACUUGUACUCAAGUAUAAACUAAGAAACUCUUAGCAAAUAACACUCUAUCCCCUAAAGAUAUUCAGUUGAGAAAUCUUAAAAUUUGCCUGCUAGAAAGUCUGAUUAAGUGGUUAAAUCUCAAGUUAUUUCAAAUAAAAGCAAUCAAGACACAAUGAAAAAAUCGAAUAGAUAAAGUCAAAAUCCUGAUUAAUAAUACAAUGAAGACUACGAAGAUUAUGUAGAGGUAAAUGAGUUUGGCAUAGCUGAUAAUUAUGAUUGA